CAUCACACCAAGUUGGACCAAAGGGAGCUAUGCCACGAAUACCCAGUAGAACAAUUCUGGAUGCACAUCGACAGGAUCAUCUUCUUCCAUUGCUUCUACAGGAAUGUCGCUCCCUUGAUCUGGCCAAAAGUGAAUUGGGCUGGAUGAGGAAUCGGGCUGUUUCUAAAGCCCAGUCAAACCCUUUAAGAAUUGAGACCACCAAACCCAAACUUCACCAGGGAUGGCGAAGUACUCUGAGAUCAAUGUGCCGGGCACGGUCUCGAGGCCAACCUCUCCAGUACAUACUUGGUGACCAGCCCUUUGGGGACUUGGACAUCCUGUGUAGGAAAGAAGUCCUGAUACCUAGGCCCGAAACUGAGACAUUCACCUUUCACGCUGCCAACCUGAUUUCGCGCAAUGUCGUCAAUGCCAGUCAAUCUCUGCUCAACCCUCAUGCUAUAUCUGUACGUGUGAUUGACCUGUGCACGGGAACAGGAUGCAUAUCCCUCCUUUUGCAUGCUCUUGUCGCGCCACAUGUACAGCGCUUGUCCAUCGUCGGGAUUGAUAUUAGUACUACAGCAAUUGAAUUGGCAAGAAGGAAUUUAAUAUACAAUAUCCGACAAGGAAAAUUGUUGGAUCGAGCGAUGGCGGAUAUUACUUUCAGAAAAGGCAAUGUCCUCUGCGGUGCCCCUGUUGAUGCAUCGAAUGUGGAGCAAGCUCUGGGCGAUACACCCGAAUCAACGCUGCGUACAGCGUGCCAUCUCGAUGUGAUCAUAUCAAACCCACCGUAUAUAUCUGAGAAAUCAUAUGGAAAUGGGACCACUGCACGAAGUGUUCGGAUGUACGAGCCGAGGAUUGCGUUGGUCCCUCCAGUGUUCGGUGACGGUCUGAAAAUACCGCUGCACCGGCAGGAGGAUAUCUUUUACUACCAUAUUUUGUCACUUUCCUUCAAGAUGAAGGUAAGACUUGUAAUGCUCGAAUGUGGUGACCAUUCACAGGGUGAGCGUGUGGCGGCUUUGUGCCGUGACUUGGCAGCACAAUAUCUACAAGUGGAUGAUUUGAGCAUCAGUAUUUGGCCAGCUAAUGAUGGGACUUUGAACAAGAGCACUCAUGAGGUUUCUGAGCCAUGUAUGGUUAUAGUACAGAGACUUGGAUUGGGGAAUACUACGACCUGUGGUCAACCUCACCUCUGAUUCGAAGUGAAAGCACAUUGGCUCAGCAUGACACAAAGUGGGGACCAAAGUGCAGUCAUGUCAAUUGGAUGACCGAGGACUCACUUGUAUACUCUUCUAUCGACAAGAAGGGAACAAGCACUGCGCAGUAAGUGGCUAAUGGGGAUUCAGAGCAAAUAUCCUAUCAUGAUGUAGGGCAGCCUGAGUGCGAUCCUUUGAUACAAUAAGGGGUUAUUAUACCAUCCGUUGAUGGAGGAUUAAACCGGUUAUCCAUGUUGACCGCUGCCAUUAUUCGUAUGGAUGCCCCAGGUGGUGACAUUGGGCAGGUC